UUGCAGAGUCCUCUUUUUGAUGACGGAGUCGGCUGUUCAGAAGAUAAUCCGGGUACGAAGUGCUGAUUUGGCAGUACUGGAUGAAAUUGCGUAUUACGAUGCCAUUUAUGCGAGUGGCAGUGUGCCAAACCGAAAAUUCUACGCAAUAGAAUCGCCAUUUAGAAUGGAUUCGCAGGCUGCUGUAAUAUUUGAUAAGGAUCCUGUCACAAGGAAAAAUAAGCCAAAACGGAGACGAAGACGUAGCAUAUCCUCGAAUAUCACUUGUAAUUUACACGACGCCAGCCUUGUUUUAAAGAAGAUACUGGAAAAGGCAGUUGCGAUGGAGGCAUUUAACAGAAAUCAGUACGAGUCACUACCAUGUUCUUCUAUUGAAACUUCAUCAAACUUUAAUAAUUGUGUAGCACGACAGUUAGCUCUUACUGUUGCUUUAGUGCCUUGUCCAUUAUCUCGUUACACGAGGCAACAGUACAUUGCAAAGCAAAGCAUCAAAGAAAUAUGUUUAAAUCAAGAAAAAAGAAACAUUGAUGAUAUUUCAAACGAACUCAUAAUGUGGAUAAAUGCUGGACCAAAAGUUAUCACAGCCGAAUGCAAAGGUGAAAAAUUCAUCUUACCUCCAUUCUCUUCCUUCAUCGUUAACGAUGUAUGUUUGUCAAGAGCACUGAUCAAACAUGGGAAACGGUUUGAUUUCAUAUUAUUGGAUCCACCUUGGGAGAAUAAAUCUGUUAAAAGAAAAAUUGUUUACCCAACUUAUGGAGACCAAACGUGGAUGUUGGAUUUAUAUGUACCGGAACUUUUAACGGAAUCAGGAUUGUUCGCAACAUGGGUUACAAACAAUGCGAAACAUUUAAAAUUUGUCGAUGAUAUGAUCGAAUAUUUUGGUCUCGAAAAAAUUGCAACUUGGCGGUGGCUUAAAGUAACAAACAAUGGUGAACCCGUUUAUAGCCUGAAUAGCCAACAUAAGCAACCUUUUGAAAACAUUGUGUUCGCUUCUAAUAGUGCUGCUCGCAAAUAUUAUGUGAACAUCGUCGACGAAUUUGUCCUAAUCAGCACUCCAUCCGUAAUCCAUUCAAGAAAACCACCACUGCUUCCAGUGUUACAAGUGCUUGGAAUUCUUGAAGAGUCAGCAGAACAGUUAGAACUGUACGGCAGAUAUUUAUUACCACGAACAACAACUGUUGGAUUUGAAGCGGCUAAACUGCAAAAUAAGCGAUAUUUUAUUUGAAUAUACGAUUAAAUUAAGAAUUUAAUUUUACUAUUUGAAAUUAGCACGGUGUAUGUUCAAAUAAGAAGAUAUCAAAACGGACCGCGAAUCGUCAGUUGAUUUGAUAGGAUUUAUGCAAAAUCUAAAAAUCUCAGUUUACUGAGGAUAAAACAUUUAUCUCAGUUAAAAUUACAAGAUAG